AUGUUGAUUCAACAACUGCAUAGGAGCUGGUUUAUGCUCCUCCGAAGACUCUACUUGACCUACAAUGUUGGACUUACUGCUUUUUUGGUCUUGUUGGAGGGUAUUUCAUUCGGACUACAAUUAUUCUAUGUUUUCCACUAUGUGGACACGAGGGAAGUGUAUUCAUACACGGGAAGAAUUUGUAUUCAAUUUUCAGUCAUCGGAAUGAUCGGAGUCUCUUGCUUUGUGUUUUCUCUCAUUAUUGCCAAAUGUGUUCAAUUGGUGAGAAUUAUUUGGUCAAAAGAUCAGUAUAUGCACAUUACCAAAAAAUUCAGAUCCUUUAUUCACUCCUUUCCAUGUUGUCCAUGUGGAGAAGCUCCUCGUUGGAUCGAUAUCUCCUUUCAGGCACUAUUAAUUUUAUUUCUUGAACUACUUCCAGUGUUUAUUGCUAUUCUUACGCUAUUUAUUACACCAACGAAAGACUUUUUAUCUAAUUUUUCUGUUGCUUUCCAAAAUUUUAUAACUUCUGGAUUUUUAUUCAGUUUCAUAUUUGUCAUUACUUGGUGGAUUGGAAGUUUGGUUGAAAAUUGGAAAAGAUUAAUCAUGUUUGUUGUUGGAAGAAGAGACUUCUUUGAAAAAUUGAGAGCUACCGAAUAUUUUAAUACCGAACGAAAAGUUAGAAAAUUAUCAAUUUCAAAGUUAGGUGCUAAUAACAGUAGUUAUGGAACGUCACAGAUUAAUCAAGAAAAUAUUGAGACCAACCAAGAACAAACUACAGGUCCAAUUAUCACUCGUCCAAGAUCUUCAAGCUCCCUAAGUUCCAAAUCUGAUUUUGAAUAUAUUAGCGACAAGAUCAUGACAGAUGUUAGCCCUUCGUCUCGUGACAUUAAUACACUCAAUUCGAGUGCAUACAAUAGAAAAUAUCAAGAUGAGGAUCAAGACGAAGACGAAUUGACCCACCAAAGUGAAAAAUUAUAUGAAAUCGAAAAGGAAAGAAAUGUAUGGGUCAUAUUAGCCUGGUAUUGCUGUUUGGCAGGAAUCAAGUUUCCUUCCUUUACAGCAAUUUAUUAUACAUUGAAAAAGUGUAUACGGCCCAAUACAAAUGAUCAUGAGAACAGAGACAAACGCAAAAUGAGCUUGAAGAUGAGCUACUUUUGGGCAUUACUAACUUUUGGACUGAUGGUAUUAGUCAUUUGCUUAUUAGGAGUUUUUCACAUUUCUGAAGUAUUUUUAAUAGUCACUGUAGUUCUUGUAUGUCUUGUUGUGAACACCUUCUCUGAGAGAUACUUUUUCAUUCCCGUUCACAUGCCUUCAAAAGACAAGCUCAUCGCAUGUUGGAAGUUCAACGAAAAGAAGGUUCAAAAUAAGGAACGGUUCAGAAUCGUCGCCUGGCUUGAUAAGUAUAUCACCUUUGUUGAAGAGGUGUUUUAUCACUCUCCACACGUCAUUUAUAAGGCAUCCAAAUUUUUACUUUUCACUUUCACUGUGGUCAUUGCUUUAUGUAUUACUUUCAAAUUUACAGAGACGUAUUUAACUUUUUUCAUUCCUUGGUCCUUCUGUUUACUGGUCUAUAUCUUCCAAGUACUUAGAUUUAAUUUACACAAAUGGUGGGAUAAGAUAUUGGCAUGCUUUGGGAGAACUUCCCUAAAGAGCGAACAAACUUCAGAGCCUGAGAGUUCUGCUUUCAUUAAGGAUUUGUACAAUGAGCCUACUGACGAGGAUCAUAAUGUACCUGCCGUCAUCUCAAAAACCACAAAUGCCUCCGAAUCCAUUCACAUUCUUUCUCAAAAGAGUAGCCAAGUUGAUAUUGAAGAAAUCCCAAUGGCAACUCCACCUCUCCAGAGAACUUCUAUUUCAAGCUUGACAUUUAAUCAUUUGUCACAAAAAUCAAGUUACUACCGAAACAACAUUCCACCUCACUACCAUUGUGAGCAUGAAUCCACCUUUUUCAGAUUUUUGACAGUUUUAUAUUUCCAACUAUCUAUUAUGGUUUCAUUGAUAUUAUUGAUCGUUUUCACAUUCUACUUUAUUGGAUGGAUUUCAGGUGUUUGCCUUAUUAUCCUACUCUUUCUCAUUUCAUUUGUAUUAUUCAUGCGUGUUGACAUUGAUGCAGCUGACAGUUUGUUUGCUUGUUUUAUUGUAUUCUUAUUCAUUUUGGGAGCUGUAUUUGUGUUGGGAGGGUUAAAUGCUUCUGCUAGUAGCGAUGAUUUGUAUUGGAGCCGCAUUGGAUAUCAUCCAAAUGAAACAGUCAAACAAUUCGAUAUUUGUGCAAAUUCAUGGCAUGGCUACAGCUUUAUAGAUUUUGCCCUCUUGAGUGCAUUAUCCUACGAGAUUGAUCCCUAUUUUUCUCAUGACUUACGAACAUGGUUCCCCUCGUGUCAAGGAUGUUAUGUGAGACAUCGAGAGAAUGAAACCAUCAACUUCUUUGAUCUCUAUGUGCCAUCGAAGAAUUUGUCCAUCAUAUCUGUACGAGGAACGACCAUUCCAAGAGAUGUGGUUCAAGAUUUUGAUGUUUGGAAGGAAGCAGGUCUAUUGCAGAUAGCUGCAGUUGUUGGUCCAUUCGCUGUGUGGCCACAGCCACUUCUCACAAAUAUUGUUUGGUAUGUCUCACAAAUGGAAAAGUUGACCAUGGUUCAGCAAAAUCCAAAUUCAACCCUCGAAGAAACAAGAUAUUAUUAUCAAAUUUUGGAUGACUAUGUGGCUGAUGCUAAAAAAGAUCGAAAUAUCAUUUUGUGUGGACAUAGUUUGGGUGGUGGUCUUGCGAAAAUUGUAGGAAGUCGUAAUGCAGUCCAAGCUGUCACCUUCUCAGGACCAGGUGUCAUGCUGUCAAGAAUGAAAUUUGAUAUCACUCAAGACAACAUUGACAGCUACAGUGUGAGCGUUAAGCCAGCCGUAGACUUGGUGGCACAAAUAGACAUUGACGGUGGAUUGGUUCAACAUAUUGAAUGCCCUUAUUCGUUUGUGACUUGCCAUAGUAUCGUUCGCACGACAAGAGAGCUGAUUAAGAGUUGUGGUGAUUAUCCUCUCAAUCGAUGGAUUGAAGGACAAGUGAAUGCAACCUUACCAAAUUGA